AUGGCUCGACGAGCAGUUUACUUCCUCCUUGCUCUCUUGCCUGCGACGGCAAUUGCAUUCUCAAAUACGCAUCCAAUUGUCGCGUGGUCAUCUCACAGUUCGAACGGCCUCAACACUGCACCCCUCUCCAAGUCUACCCAUGUUUCGACGCUCCUAGAAAGUCUUCUUUGGAACGAUAAUGUGUGCGAGCAUGACGCCAUUGUACUCGUGAACCAACGAGGGCUUCACGCCUCCGACCUGCGCACACUAGCUCCUUCGGGCGGUCUUGCUCAGUCACUCAAUGCCGCCGCAUCUACUCUCGAGCUCCCUUACGUCCCCCACAUUAGCUCCAACCCCUUCUCCAACCUUGCCAGCACGAUUGCUGAGCGAUGUGGUGCGCGUGUCAUCAGCUACGUUCCCGGACAAACGGAUAUUGUCUCCGGAGACAAGGGGAAGCACGUCAUGUGUAUGGAGAUGCCUGCUCUUGACGACCUUUCUGGUCUUGAAAGGAAAACCAAGAUGGCGCAGCACGAGUCUCGCCUCUCUUCUACCGUUGCUGAUAUCUCGGAGGUUUUCCCUAAGCACCUAGUUGUGUAUGCCGGCUGGAGCCCGUCGCUCAACGCUCGUCAAUCAACGUCCUUCUCUCCAGCUCUCGCACCGAAUUCCACUAGCUCAUUCGUUCCACCAUCCGGCGGCAUUCUAGCUCACUACCAGCUUCUUACUCCCGGACUGAUCCUUUCCAUGAUUAUUGGAUUCUUCGUCCUCAUACCGAUCGUUUUGUUGGGCGUGUCUGCGCUUGCGAGCAUACAGUCACCGCUGCAAGGCGAGCCACCGAAGGGAUAUAUUGCAUCCGAGAAGAAGAAUCAGUGA